GUAUGUAUGCAGCGGAAGGCAAAGGCAGAAGGGCAUAUCUUUGGUUGGGUCUUUUGUCAGACAGAUCAUGCGGACAAGGUCAGUGCUCUUGUGCAGAAGUUACCUUACCUGCCAGUUGCCAUUAGCAUUGUCUGUAUAACAAUGAACAAGUAUCCAUCACAUGCAUCUAACUUGCUCGAGUCACUAUGUUUUACAAGUUUAGGAUAAUUCCCUAAAUACACAUAAAAUUAAAACAAAUUCCUAAACUACCACAUUUAUAAAAAAAUUUCCCAACAUACCUAAGUUUGGAGUGGUUCGAGUUUGAGAAACUCGAACUACUAACCGGUUCAAGUGUAGGAGACUUGAUCUAGUCGUAGAUCGAUGAUAUAAGCCUCGAACCAUGUGGGGCUGAAGUGGUUCGAGUUCAGUGAACUUGAACCACUACUUUGAAAUUUCCAACCACCUUAACUUUGUGUUCGGUUAUCCGAUCGUAGCAAACUUUUUUUUCAUUUGGCAUAACUUUUCGAGGACUACAACUUUUAUAAUAGAAAUAUUUUCAGAAUAUAUGUGAAAAUGUGAAAAUUAAAGUUAAAGUUACUCCCAAAACCCCUUAUAUUAAAAACUAUUCCUAUUUUGAAAAUUUAUUCCUAGUAAAUGUUGUAGUACUCAAAAUUAUGCAAAAUAAAAAAAAAAACUUUGCGACGUUCGGAUUGCGGAGCACAAAGUUAUGAUCCUCCAAAGUUUGACAAAUUCGAAAAUUUGCUCGUUUAUGGGUAGCCAAUGACGUUUUCAAGGAAGAUAGCCAUCCAAAAAUUUCUCGUUUGCAAAACUAUUGUUCUUUUGGCAGAAAUUUCUUAUAUAUAAAACAAUUUCCUGUGCCUUCGCCCCGAGAAAAUGUCAUUUGUUACCCCUAAAGGAGCAAUUUUUCGAUUUUGCCAAACUUUAGAGAAUCAUAACUUAUUGCUCCGUAAUCCAAACGUCGCAAUGUUUUUUUUUUUUUACUAGGAAUAAAUUUUCAAAAUAGGAAUAAUUUUUAAUAUAAGGGGUUUUGGGAGUAACUUUAACUUUAAUUUUCACAUUUUCAUAUAUAUUCUGAAAAUAUUUCUAUUAUAAAAGUUGUAGUCCUCGAAAAGUUAUGCGAAAUGAAAAAAAAAGUUUGCUACGAUCGGAUAACCGAGCACAAAAUCAAGGUUGUUGGAAAUUUCAAAGGACAGCCCCACAUGGUUCGAGACUUAUAUCAUCGAUCUACGACUAGAUCGAGUCUCCUACACUCGAACCGGUUAGUAGUUCGAGUUUCUCGAACUCGAACCACUCCAAACUUAAGUAUUUUGGGAAAUUUUUUUAUAAGUGUUGUAGUUUAGGAAUUUGUUUUACUUUUAUAUGUAUUUAGGGAAUUAUCCCUACAAGUUUUCACUUGUGUGGAAGUCUUACUUAGGUACGUACUUCAGAUAAGUUAUUACCCAAAAUCAGAACUCGUGAAGCUAUACUUGACAAGUCUAUUGUGCAUUAGAGACCAAGUCGCUAUGCAUUCUUCACUAUUCCAUAACAGUAUCUCACAAUUUGUAUUCCAUCUUAGGGAUUCAUUGGUAUGGAAGGGAUAAGAAAGAGGCAAAAAUGGCGGAACUUUGGUCUUUGGGGACGUGCACUUUGGUCCGUGGAAAAAAAAAGAAAGUGGGCUUCCUCUCCUGUUUUAUGGAAGGGCCAGUCAUUGUCUCCAAUCCAUGUUCCUCUUUUAAACUUUCCACAGAAGAGGAAUAACCCCACCUCUCUUGUCCAUACCUAACCUACUGCCUUCGUGGAAAAAAUAAAAGAAAAUGGCGCUAUAAUAAGCUGGAGAGAACAAAUGGGCAAGAGUGCAAGACGCCAUCCAUCCCUUUGGUUCCAUAAUUAUCUCUCUCACUGUCUCCUUCUCCUGCUGAAUGCCAUUCUUCUUCAAAAAGGGGGCGAAGGAAGGAAGGAAAGCAUCAGCUCCCGCUGCAGGCAUGUGAUCUGAGGACUGAGGGCGUUGAUUUCUCUUAGAAGUGAACCCAAAUAGCUGCACCCUUCUCUGACUACUAGUAGCCAAUCUUCAUGGCUCGACAACAGCAAGAGCAGCAAGAAGAAGGGUGGCCUCUGGGGCUGCGGCCAUUGAAUGCCAGAGUUGGGAUGUUGAGGAAUCAGGAUUUCAACGGCUCAAUCUCAUUCGCAACCACCAUGCUCACCAGGUCGACGAGCUCCACCACUGAUUCUUCUUCAGAUCUUGAUACUGAGUCAACUGGCUCGUUCUUCCAUGACAAGAGCAUCACAUUAGGGAGCUUAAUUGGAUUCUCUAGCAUUCUCGAACUGUCAAGAAGGUCAACCAGGGGAAGAGGAGGCAGGACAUCUAGUUUAAGAGAACAACAACACAGCAACAAUAGUUACAAGCCAAAGCCCUGGAUAUUCUCAUUGUGCUCCAGGCUUACCACUGAUGCAGUGAACACAAACAGCACCAACAACAAUAGCAACAAUCACCCUCCUUCUCUUGGCCACUUCCUUCAAGUAGAGAGAAGAGCUGCCGUUGCAUGUGGCAACAACAGCAGCGCUAGCAGUAAUAGCCCCAACAAUGGCAGUGUGAGCCCACACACACUUGUUUAUGGUCCUAAUGAUUUCUCCCCAAUUGCGGAGAGUGUAGGUGGAAGUGUGAUGAACUCUCUUUUUGUCGGUGGAGAGAUUGCUGCACCACAGGUAGCAGAAGAUGAUGGUGGAGGGAGAAGAAGAUCAUCCAACAACAACGACACAAACAGUAGCAGCAGCAGCAGCAAAUUAUUGGGACAUGGUGAUGGAUACGGACCACCAUUAAUGCUUUCGUGUCUAUGUGGACAACUCAUUGAAUGAAAAACGUUUGUUUUUUUUUUUUUUUUCCUUUUCCUUUUUGUGGGACAAUUCUGGGUUUACUUACUGAGUCAGAAGAGGGGGAAAAAUUUAUAUGAAGAAGAGGGAAAGGAAGUAUUAGAGAAUCAUUUGUUCUGGGUUUCUAGCCUUUUGAGGCGAGAGAGGUUAUAAUAAAAGAUGGUGUUGGUAAUGAGGAGCACGAGAGGGAAAUUUUAUAGUUUGAUAGUAGACUUGUGGGGUUGUUUUCCCAAAUAUUCCUUUUUUCCCACAAAAGAGCGCCUAAAAUACAUUUCAUGAUUGUGGUUAUCAAUGACCACCCAAGUGUUACAAGAAGUUUGACAAAUAGCGUUAGGAGGUAAUUGCGAGUGAUUGGGUUAUUCAAUAUGUUCUAACAUCAAGUUUACGCCUAAAACUCCAUUAUGAUAAAGGGUGAGUUGCGAAGAAUGUUGACAAUGAUUUAUAGCUAGGCUAGAACUCUCUGGAAUGGCAAAAUCGGCCUGCCCCGACGGGUUUGGCCCGGUCCACUCUAUUUUGGGCAUGUUAAACUCGAUCCGGCCAUAAACAGGGCGGUCUUGGCCCAACAUACCGCAGUUGCAAUUGAGAUGCAUAAUCAACUUGGAAAUGAAACCAACAAUUUUGUUGAUGACAAGGAGGGUGACGGUGCCAAAGAAGGGAAUGAAUGGAACGUAUAUUUUGAAUGGUGGGCGCAUUACGAUAAAUUAGAAGUAAACAAGGUUAAGAUGGAAAAAUGCAAACAUUGCAAGCAUUUAAUGGUUGGAGAUCCGAAGUAGGGAACAAGUCAUCUGAAGAAGUAUCAUAAAAGAUGCCCAAACGCUUAAGUUCCCUUGGAUAUAAGGCAACAGGUCUUACAAGCCAAUUGAAACAAGGAGAAAUUUCAGCUUUCUCUAUUCAACUUUGAUCAACAAAUUCUCGGACAGAGCUUGUAAAAGGCGAUUAUAAAGUGUGAGUACUCUAUCUUUUCAUUGUUGAUCAUGAAGGUUUCAGUAGUUUUGUUGCAUGCUUGAACCCACUAUUCAAGAUGGUCUUUAGAAACACCAUCAAGGACUGUCUCACCAUCUAUGACCUUGAAAGAGAGGCCAAUAUGCAACUUCUAGAAAAAAAUGAAGGUCGUGUGGCCUUAGCUACUAAUGUGUGGCAACUUCUUAGAAGAAAUGAUUCAUGGUCGUCACAACUCAUUACAUCGACAAUUGUUGGAAACUACAAAGUCAAUCUUCAAGUACUAUGCUUCUACCUUUUCAAAGUCUGGCACGUACACAAGUAGAAUACCCUGUGCAAAGUAACAGCUGAUCUAUAGUUCCAGAAACAACAAAAUAAACAAAAAAAGAAAAUAAUAAUAAAGGUGCAACUGAAGG